AUGCGCGACCUUGCUCUUAAAGAGAACCCGACACGACCAUGGGAUUCCCAGCAGCCGUACACGGUGACAUACCAGCUUCUUUUCGGGUCAUUCCCGUCACCGUCACCAGCUGGUCAAGGGUACGAUGUCCAGUCGAAGGGGAAGGCGAUCACGAACUUUAGCGGGCCGGAGCGGCGGUGGUUCUUCCUGUAUAAGAGGCUACCGAAACCAACGAGCGAGCGAGUGGAUUAUACAGAUGAGGACACCGACGCUUUCGCAGUGGAGUUUGCAGAGUGUCCGCUGACAAGAACGGUGAAGGUCAAGGAUGUCUGGCCGCGAAUGUUAGGGGCCGGACUGACGAAUCUGGAUGAGGGGAUUGUCAAGAAUUGGAGCUUUGAGCGCAUUGUACUUGGUGGUGAUUCAUGUCACAAGAUGACCACGCAUCUAGGGCUAAGGUUUAACCACGGUACCCAGGAUGUGGUUGUGCUGUGUAAUAGCCUCCGGAAGGCUAUUCGGGCAGCACCCAGUGGGGUUCUCGAUACUAAGAUCCUUACCGCUCUCUUUGAGAGAUACCAGGCUGUCCGGAUGAGCUCUGUGCGCUCGCUUAAGGGGGAUUACCUGGCGGUUCCAAACGUGGUUGAGGACUUAUUCAUGCACUUUGUUAUGGCACCGGAGUUUCGGAAGGGGCAGUUACUGGAUUAUGUAGCCAAGGAGGAGCGCAUGAGGGGAAAGAUUAGUUGA